AUGGCCCAGGUUUACAGUGGAUCGAAGAACGAGUUCAUCUUUGGAGAAGAAGGAGGCAAGGGCAAGAAUUUAUCGUCCUUCUUGCGAAAUCUAUCAUUGACAGGAUCGCCCACCAGUAGCCGAGAGUCGAUAGAGGAGGCGAAUAGCAAGAUAUAUGGCAGUUUAUCCUACAAGAAAACGGGCGAGUCGAAUCCCAACUUGGCCAGCAGCUCUGUUUUAUCGAGUCGUCCUCGAUCAACACGCAUGCUUUCUUCGGGGCUGCUACACUCGCAACCAGCCCACAACAACAGCAGCAACAACCACAACAACAGAUAUGACCAGGGUUCAAAAAGUGGCCAUUCUCGCUCGAAAUAUAAGGAUCUAGAUGACGAUUGGAACGCCGAUAUUGACGACAGCCGGAUCUCGCCUCUGAGCGGUCCCCUUGAAAGUUCGUCGUAUGCCAAUCCCAGUUCAAAUACGGGCAAUCGAGUCGGUCUGCACCAACAUGGCGAGCUGAAUAAACCAACACACGGAGGGGAACGCUUGCCAGAAGCAGCGAGCGGCAAAUUUGAAAAGUUCAAAAGCGUGUUGGCGUCCGAUAACGUGAUUGACAUCCAGGAGUUGAGGAAACUUUCCUGGAAUGGGAUACCCAAUGAGCUACGUGCCAUGUCGUGGUUCUUGCUCUUGGGGUACCUCCCGACGAAUAGGACGAGACAGAGCUCGACUUUGAAACGCAAGAGACAGGAGUAUCUCGACGGCAUCAAGGGCGUUCAAAUUGAUUUCACCGAAAAUUCAAAGACAUCUACAAGUUCAACCAAUGUCAACAAUGGGAGCCGAGAGAAUCAAAUUUAUCACCAGAUAAAAAUCGACGUGAAGAGGACCAACCCCACGAUGAAGUUGUACGCACACGAUUCCGUACAGGUUUCUCUUCAGAAAAUCCUCUAUCUCUGGGCAAUUAGGCAUCCAGCUAGUGGGUAUGUUCAGGGAAUCAACGAUUUGGCGACUCCAUUCUACCAGAUUUUCCUUAGCCACUAUUUAUGGCAGCUACAAAAGAAGAGCCAAGGAAAGCAAGCUGAAUAUCAGCGACUAUUCAUCCCAGGGUACAUUUUACCCGGUAAAGACUCAAAUGGAGGCGAUGACGAGUAUGGCGAAGAAGACGAAGAAAAGGACAGAGAAAAAGAAGUGAGAUUGCUUCAAGACGCAAGAUUGGCGCUGUAUAACCUUGACAAUUUCGAUCCGGCAAAGUUGAGUUUGCGAGUUCGCAACGUCAUCGAAGCCGAUACUUACUGGUGCUUAUCCCGUUUACUCGAGAACAUCACCGAUAACUAUAUCCAUGAGCAACCCGGUAUACACAGACAGGUGAAGGAGCUCCGCACUUUGAUUUCGAAAAUCGAGCCGGGCUUACUAGGCCACUUUGAUAAGGAAGGAAUCGAGUUUUUGCAAUUUGCAUUUCGAUGGAUGAAUUGUUUAUUGAUGAGAGAGUUGCCCAUGAACUUGAUCAUCCGCAUGUGGGAUACCUAUUUGAGCGAGCAGCCCUUGGGAUUCAACACCUUCCACACAUAUGUGUGCGCUGCCUUUUUAGUGAGGUUCAAGACGAGCUUGAUGCAGAUGGAUUUCCAGGAAAUCAUUUUGUUUUUGCAGAACCCGCCUACUUCCAAUUGGAAGGAAAGAGAUAUCGAGAUGAUGCUCAGUGAGGCAUUCAUAACUCAGAGCUUGUAUAAGCAUGCCUCGGCGCACUUGAAAUAG